CUAUAGUAACGAGAGACAGUUCUGGAUAGCUAACGUUAGCGAGCUGACUGUGGCUGGUCAUGGAGUAGUUUCAGUUUUAUUAGUUGGGAAUGCUUGGUCACAAUUUUGUAACUAGUGUUAAUUAUUGUUAUCAAAGGCAACGACAUGACUAUUGCGUAUUCUGCAACGGUAUGAAUACUCCGUAGUUCAAAGGAAACGGCGAUAGUAUUCAACAAACCCAACUACCAUUUUCUCGAGUAAUGCAAAAUCAUUAAAAUGGAGGAUCGCUUUGCCUUUCUCGCCGAGUGGCAUGACACUAAUGCCAGUCUCCUGCGACGCUACCAACUGUUCUACUACCCCAAAGAUUGCUCAGUAGAAAUGUUUGAUCUUAAGAACCAGCGGACCUUUUUGAGAAGGACCAGAUACGAAGGCCUCCACCAGGACGACCUGUUCGUUGGGAGUCGAGUGAAUGUGUUUUCACGGCAGCUUAAUCUGGUCGGAUAUGGGGAUCAGUACACAGCCAACAAACUUGGCAGCAAAAAAGAAAGAACUCUUGCUUUGGUAAAGCCAGAUGUAGUGACCAAGAUUGGAGACGUUCUUGAAUUGAUUUACUCCUCUAACCUGAUUGUUACCAAAGCCAAAAUGACAAAGCUCACAUGGAGCCAAGCGGCAGACUUUUACGCGGAACAUCACUCAAAGCCAUUCUUCAAUAACCUUGUGCAGUUUAUGUCCUCGGGGCCCGUUGUUGCCAUGGAGCUGAUGGGUGAUGAGGCCAUGUCUACCUGGAGGAGGCUCCUGGGACCCACAGACUCUGCUGUGGCACAGAGGGAGGCACCACAAAGUGCGCGUGCCAGGUUUGGAACAGAUGGCGUCAAAAAUGUUGGACACGGCUCUGACUCACAUGCUGCAGCAGCAAGAGAACUUGAGUUUUUUUUCCCAUCCACAAUUGGCCACGGUCCCUUAAAUACAGCUGUGUGUACAGACUGCACAUGCUGCAUCAUCAAACCUCAUGCUAUAUCAGAAGGUCUGAGCGGGAAGAUCCUGAACUUCAUAUCUGCAGCUGGAUAUGAAAUCUCAGCUCUUCAAAUGUUCAACAUGGACCGUGUAAACGCAGAGGAAUUCUACGAAGUUUACAAAGGAAUUGUUACAGACUAUUCUAGUAUGGUGACUGAGCUGUUAUCUGGCCCCUGCAUGGUUCUGGAGAUCCAGAGCACCAACACGCCUCAGACAUUCAGGGACUUCUGCGGACCAGCUGAUCCCGAAAUUGCUCGGCAUCUCCGCCCGACCACGCUGCGCGCUCGUUACGGCAAAGACAGGGUGAAGAACGCGGUUCACUGUACGGACCUCCCCGAGGACGGGGUUCUGGAGGUGAAGUAUUUCUUCAGGAUUUUGGACGGAUGAGCGCGAAGAAGACGUCAAACUCAUGGACUUAACAGUUGUCUCAUUUUUCUGUUUAUUUGUUUCAGCCUUUUGCAGAUUAAAUAAAGUGACAAGAGCAGA